AGAUUUCAAAGUUUUGGAAUUAGAAAAUUUCAAUCUUCCCUUGCUGAAGAAACUUGAUUUCAGUAUGCUUAUCAAAGUGAAGACUUUAACAGGAAAAGAGAUUGAGAUCGACAUUGAGCCUACAGACAAGGUUGAAAGAAUAAAAGAAAGAGUUGAAGAAAAGGAAGGAAUCCCUCCUCCACAGCAAAGGUUGAUAUUUAGUGGAAAGCAAAUGAAUGAUGACAAAACUGCUGCAGACUACAAGAUCCAGGGUGGAUCUGUUCUUCAUCUUGUACUGGCCUUAAGAGGAGGGCUGUUCUAAUAAUAGAAUUAGAAUAAUCAUCAGUUUAGUAAAUACAAAAUAUGUUUUGUUCACUAUUUUUAGGGAAACAGUGUUAAAUUGUAGUUUUCCUUGUUGUCAGUAUGAUAAAAAUGUAAAAUACAUGCUGUCUUUGUAACCUUUGUGUUAUGUUUUCUGCUACUCUAGUCUGGUAUUUGUAUGUAAUGAAAUAAAACUAUGCAGUUAGUGGCAUUUGUUUUGAUGUUA